UAUUCAAUCCGACACGCGGUAACUCUUAAGAGUUUUGUUCAAAGUGAUUUAAUUUCAAAAUGAUCAGUUCAAAACUAUCUCGAGGAUUGAUUCAGGCGGGCAAAAUUGCCGUUGCCCCUCAAAGUGUAGCACUAAUCCACAGUGAAGCUAUUUUGAAACCUCAUCAGAAAACGUUACUGGAACCGUCCAUCGUCAAAGGGCUUCUGUAUCGUGUGGCCAACGAAGCAGAUCGCGAACUCGUACGGGAUGGCCUGAACAAAUAUUUCUAUCCGGAAGAUCCAGUCACAUCAACGCAUUACUCUGGAAAGGAACCUACUACAGAUGAUACCGAGGGCACCUUGGAGAUGGUUAAUUCCGGAUGCAUGAUUCUGGCCAUGGAUGAGCAGAGCGGACGUUUGGCUGGAUUCUCGGGAUCAACAAUCGUGUCCCCGGACGAACCGCAGAAACUCCUCGAGAAAGCCUCCAUAGCACAAACCAAAAAGUACGGGGACGUUCUCCGAUUAACGGCCCACUUGACAGCCAAAACUAGAGUCUGCGAGCGAUUUGGCGUGGAUCAGGCCUACCAUCUGGAUAUGGUUGGAGUGAAUCCGAACUUCCGAGGGAAAUCUAUCGGAGAAAUUCUACAGGAGAAACAUAUGGAACUUGCUUGUGCCAAAGGACUGAGAGUGUUGAGUGCUUACGUUACCGGACCUUACUCGGCCCGGAUUUGCGAGCGACUUGGCAUGCAAUGUGUCUACACACUUCCGUAUCGGGACUACAGGGAUGAGUCCGGCCGGGUUGUAUUCCGCGGAACGGAACUUUAUACCGUGCUAAAGUGCUUUGUGAUGAAAAUUUGAAGAUAAUUUUUCGUGGAUGAAAAAUUUAUACUUCUCAACGACUCAACGACUGUCAUGUUAAAUUUUAUUGUGUAAUUUGCCAAACCAUACCGAGAUUUUCAUGUGUAUUUUUUAUAUGUUAAUAAGUGAUAUAGCGUAUUAAGAUUUUUAUAAAU